AUGAAGCUCAGAGUAAAAGGCUUCGGCCUCCUGCUUCUCCUUGUCUUGCUUGCUCUAUGCUCCACCAUUGAUGUCUGUGACGCGAGGAGAGGCAAGCAUUGGAGGCCAAGGAGCUCGCCGAGCUCCUCUCUGCUCAAGAAGAAAGGGAAGGCAAAGAAGGGCAGCUCCCACCGGCAGCACGGGGGCAACCGGCGAAGCCCGCCACCAGCCCCCCCUGGUGUUGGCAAAGGACACCAGACGCCAUACCAGCCAAGCCCCAAUGUACCUGUAAGUCCGAGCCCGAGCCCGAGCCCCAAGCCGAGCCCUGCCAAAGGCAAUGGACAUACAAGUCCACAGCCUUCAUCUCCAAGCUGUGGAAAGGGCAGGCAGCCACCGCCGCAGCCACCACCUGCGGCCUCAGCCUCACCAGGCGCGGUGUUUAACGUGGUUGAUUUCGGAGCCAAGGGUGAUGGAAUUUCAGACGAUACAAAGGCUUUUCAAGCAGCGUGGGCUGCUGCGUGCAAGCUGGGAGCGUCUACAGUUCUCGUACCAUCAGAACUAGAGUUCCUUGUUGGGCCAAUCUCCUUUUCUGGGCCUUACUGCAAACCAAACAUUCUUUUCCAGGUUUCAAGUGGUGGGAUGUUUGAAAAUAGAAAUGAAACGAAAUUUUCAUGUGUACAAAGAGAAACAAACUCCAAUCUGGCAAAGGAAGGGACGAUCUUAGCCCCAACAAAUGCUAAAGCAUGGGGUUCUGGCUUGCUUCAAUGGCUUGAAUUCACCAAACUAAGUGGGUUAUCAAUUCAAGGCAGUGGCACCAUAAAUGGUAGGGGGCAACAGUGGUGGACCUACUCAGACCCAAAUGACGAUGAGGAUGACGACACACAGUACAAUCAGGAGCUUGAAAGGAUGCCACGGGUUAAACCUACGGCAUUGAGGUUCUAUGGUUCUUCAAAUGUCGUAGUGGCUGGCAUCACAAUUGUCAACAGCUCACAGUGCCAUCUCAAGUUUGACAACUGUCAAGGGGUGCUGGUCCACGACCUGACAAUAUCCUCCCCUGAGAACAGUCUCAACACCGACGGAAUACACCUGCAGAACUCCAAAGAUGUCAGCAUUCAUCAUACCAACUUGGCUUGCGGUGACGAUUGCAUCUCCAUCCAGACAGGAUGUAGCAACAUAUACAUACACAAUGUGAAUUGUGGACCAGGCCAUGGAAUCAGCAUUGGUGGACUAGGCCGGGACAACACAAAAGCAUGCGUCUCUAAUGUAACAGUAAGAGAUGUCAACAUGUUCAGAACAAUGACUGGUGUCAGAAUCAAGACCUGGCAGGGUGGUAUAGGACUGGUUCAAGACAUAAGGUUCUCAAACAUACAAGUCUCCGAAGUUCAAACACCUAUUAUGAUAGACCAGUUCUAUUGCGACAAAAGAACCUGCACAAAUCAAACAUCAGCAGUGGCAGUAUCAGGCGUUCAGUAUGAGAACAUCAGAGGGACAUUUACAAUCAAGCCUCUCCAUUUUGCAUGCAGUGACAGCUCACCUUGUUCAGGGAUCACACUUACCGGAGUACAACUUAAACCCGUGCAAAUAGCCCACUACCACCUAAACAAUCCAUUCUGUUGGCAAGCUUUUGGGGAACUCUUCACUCCAACCAUCCCUCCCAUAGCUUGUCUGCAGAUUGGAAAACCUGCUGGGAACAACUUGCAGUCAUACCAUGACAUAUGCUGA